AGUCCCUCCAGUGAGAGGGAGGGAGUAAAGUGUCCGCCAUAUUCUUUCCAGUUUACCACGCCCGUGGAUCUGGGGGAAAGCAGCAGUAAGCAGCAGUUCUCUGUCUCUCUCUCUCCUUCCUUUCCCCGCUCCCCGCCGCCUCCCUCUCCGGCUCCAGAAACUCGUCGCGAAGCUAACGGCGGAGAAAGUGACAGCGGUACGGAAUCAACAACCAAGUGUCUGCACAUUGCAAGGAGCAAGAGUGAAGAGGGUUGUCGCAGGAUAGACUUGUAAUCCUUUAUCGCGCCAGGAGAAAACCAAGGAGAGAUUGGAAAUCUCUCGCUCCCGAUUUUGAAAAUAAUCUGCCUCAACCCUUCUAGUUUGUCUGCCAGAUUUAGUGUAAUUGUGAUUUUUUUCCCUUCUCCUGCAACCCCCAUUUUAAAAGCUCCCCGCAUAUUCUCCAUGCUUAGUAAGGUUGUGGAGUACUGAGGAGGACCCCCCCCCCCUUCACACACAGACAUUGCACACACACACACACAUUGCACACACACAAGCACAUUGCACACAGACACACAUUGCACACAGACACACAUUGCACACACACAAGCACAUUGCACACACAAGCACAUUGCACACACAAGCCGGCUACAUGACUCUCGACUCCAUCAUGGCGUGCUGUCUGAGCGAGGAGGCGAAAGAAGCGAAAAGGAUCAACGCGGAGAUCGAGAGGCAGCUGCGGAGAGACAAGCGGGAUGCUCGCAGAGAGCUCAAACUGCUACUACUCGGCACCGGAGAAAGUGGCAAAAGCACAUUCAUCAAACAGAUGCGAAUCAUCCAUGGUACAGGGUAUUCCGAGGAAGACAAACGAGGUUUCACAAAGCUGGUCUAUCAGAAUAUCUUCACUGCCAUGCAGGCUAUGAUCAGAGCAAUGGAAACACUCAAAAUACAGUACAAAUAUGACCACAACAAGGCACAUGCACAGCUGGUUCGUGAGAUUGAUGUAGAAAAGGUGACAAUCUUUGAAAACCCUUACGUGGAUGCAAUAAAAUGUUUAUGGGUGGACCCAGGCAUCCAGGAAUCCUAUGACCGAAGGAGAGAGUACCAGUUGUCGGAUUCUACUAAAUACUAUCUUAAAGACUUGGACCGUAUAUCAGAACCUAACUAUCUACCCACUCAACAAGAUGUGCUUAGAGUGCGAGUCCCAACAACAGGGAUCAUUGAAUACCCUUUCGACUUGCAAACCGUCAUUUUCAGAAUGGUCGAUGUUGGGGGUCAGCGAUCAGAACGAAGGAAAUGGAUUCACUGUUUUGAAAAUGUGACAUCUAUUAUGUUUUUAGUGGCCCUUAGUGAAUAUGAUCAAGUACUUGUGGAAUCAGACAAUGAGAAUCGAAUGGAGGAAAGCAAAGCACUAUUUAAGACGAUUAUCACAUAUCCCUGGUUUCAGAAUUCCUCAGUUAUUCUCUUCUUAAACAAGAAAGAUCUCUUGGAGGAAAAGAUUAUGUAUUCUCACCUGGUUGAUUACUUCCCAGAAUAUGAUGGACCACAGCGAGAUGCACAAGCAGCAAGGGAGUUUAUUUUGAAGAUGUUUGUAGACCUGAAUCCUGAUAGUGACAAAAUUAUCUACUCUCACUUCACAUGUGCCACAGAUACAGAAAAUAUACGGUUUGUCUUUGCUGCAGUCAAGGACACUAUCCUACAAUUAAACCUGAAGGAAUAUAACCUGGUCUAGUAUAUUAACUGGCCUAACAAUAAAUAAGAGUAACUGUAUUAUCUGUGAAAAUGAUUUGCAUAAUUCUAAUUUAUUGCUAUCCUGGACUCUGUGGUUCCACAGAGUUUUAGUAAAUAUGAUUUUAUUUAACAAAAAUGGGCAAAAGAUGCUGAAACAUGUUUGUGGCACCAGUCCUUUUAGGCAAAACUUUGUGACUUCAUGCAAAAAUUUCGAUUUCCACUGUAAAUUCCCAUCUCUGAAAGGAUUGGGUUUUUUGCUUUUCUAAGUACAUCCCUCCCCCCCUCCUACUCCACAAACAAAUAUUCGAGGUACAAUGUCCUUUUUAUGAUAUGUUCCUCUUGACACUCUGUAGUACACAGUUACUGUGGUAAUGUUUGUUUGAUGGAAAUCAAGCUGUCAAUGAUAAUUGUUGUACUGCUUUUUUGAUGGGCGAGAAGAAUUGGUCUUGUGAAUUUUAAAUUACUGAUAUGUAUAAUUUAAAGUUUCAUACUAAACAGUUCAUCUUCACUUUAAGCUAUAAAGAUGGGAGACAUUAAGCAAUAGUUGAUUGCUUCAACUUUAUAUGUUACCACACUGAUUCAAAAAAUAUGGAUAGAUGUAGGUAAGAAUACAAUAUUGAGAAUGUUGUGUACUUGUAAAACAAUAUAUGGGGUUUGAAUUCUAUUUAUUAUGUGACACUCUAUUGCUAUUACUAAACUCAUUUUAUGGAAUGAUGCCAAACCAAAUGUCAUAUACACUAUAGUUGCUGAUGUUUGCAAUAUCUACAUGUCUUCUUCCUUAGGACAGUAUCUGGAGACAUCAUUGACAUCUUUACUUUGCUCCUGUGUGAUUUUUAAAUGUUAUUUUUUGGCCUUUAAUAAGGAGUGUAUUAAUACUGCCACUCUGUCUUAUUUGUUUGCUAAUUUGGAAGUUUAUUAGAUAAAAAUUGCCUUCCUCAAGAUGCUAAAAAUAAUGUGGCUAGAAACAAUAACAACACUUGAGUAGAAGAUGAACAGCAAACAAAUAACACUGCAGCAUUGGCUUUUGGAUCUUCUAAAAACAAUUUGUUUGAAAUGCCAAAAUAAAUGAGAAAAACUGGUGCUUUUUUCACAUUGUACAAUAUUUGCCAUUACCUCUGUAAUUUUGUUUAACAUAAGCUGCUCAGUGUUCAUGACCAAUUUUGUAUCUAACUUUUUUACACAUAUGUUAAAAGGUACUGUAAUCAUGUUUUGAUAAAAUCUUGUAAGAUCCUUAAUUUUAUUCUAAAAUGGAUUCAUUUGCCAGAACCUUUUGGAAAAUGAACCUGUAUUAUUCCUUUUGUCAAACGGUAGAUAAACUAUUAAAAUCCAAGACCUGGGCUGUAAACAAGAUAAAUGCUUGAAGAGGUGAGAUUUGAAUGAAUGUCUCACAUUCCUUUAAUUUGUUAGAUUUUGAAUGUUUUCAGUCUUUGAGGCGAUGGCUCAGAAACUUAAAGGUUGAGGUCAGUUAGUUAAUUAAAAUAGUUCUGCACUGGCCAUUGUGGAAUGCCUUUAUUUCUGUUUUUAUGCUUCAAUAAUGACUUUAUGUUAUGGAGUACCAAAGUUAAUGGUCAGUGAUUGUCUCCCUUCACUCCUGCUCCUCCGCCCAACAUGCAUUAAUGUUCCAAUGGACAAAAUUCCUCUAAUUUGUAAAAAAUAACCUGGCUGUAGGUCUAGUGCAAUUAUGUACAUUGCAAUUGUGUGUGCGUGCGUGUGUGUGUGCACGCGCAUGUCUGUGACAUGCAAACAUAUUGGCUUUGUGUUAAUUUUGGCAGAUUGAAUGUGUUGCAUUGAUAUGUAUCUGUGUAAUUGAUUUGUAAGUCAUAUAGCUAAUUCACAUUUUUGAAUAACAUUUACUUUUUUAAGAGGUAAAUGUAAUUUUUUGCCAGUUUCUUUCACAGCUACAGAUUUGAAAUGUCGUUUUGAAAGUAAAGAUAAUAAUCAUACAGUGUGGUCUGAUCAAUAUACAUCACAAAAAAGUUCUGAUCCAAUAGUUCAUUUUUAUAAAGUCUCUCCUUUCCCAGAAAGUUUAUCCAAAUGUAUCACCCAUGAAAUGGACAAAACUAGCUACACCAUUUCUUCUCUUCUUCAGUGUGAAAGAAAAUAAUGUACUGUGUUUUAAAAAUCAAGUUGUAUUUUAGGGAAUAUCAUUUGCUGAUCCAUGUAUCUGUAGUUUUUUCUGAUAGGUCACAGUUCAUAUUGUACCGAAUGUAUAAAUUACCGGUAAAUACAUCUCAAAAUAUGUUUCAUGCCUUAUGAAAGUGGCGUUAAGAACUUUGUGCUUCAAAAUGGAAGUCUCAGAGAGAAAAUGACAUUUUGACUUUGCUGAUAUAUAUGUGCUGUAUUGGGUGUUAAAUUUGAAUGUUAGAUGACAGCUCUUAAUCUACUGGCAAUGCUCCAGGGGGACCAAUGCAGUGUUGCUAAUUCCUAUGAAAGGAUCAAGUUCUUUUACAUCAUCAAUAUGAAGUAGAAUAAAAUCAAGCAAUUAAUUAUCAUUUGCUAAUUAAUAUCAUUAAUUGCAAAUGGAUAAAUGAAGUUAGGUACGCUGUAUAUAAAACAACGAAGAUGGUCAGCUGCAUGGUUUACUUUUGAAAUACCCUCAACUUUUUUUUAUUCAAGCAAAAUGUAAAACAUCGCAUUCAUUUGGCAUACCAAUAACCUUCAUUUAUAAUGUUUCACCAUUACUCUUGUCAAUUGGUCUUUCUAGAAUUUCAGCAUGAUGGCACUUCUCGGAGAACUGUUUAAAAUAAUUUAAAUAUUUUAAUUAAAAAUUGAGUGGUAUUGUUGUUGGUCAUUCGAUUUGUUACCUUAAGAUAGAUCUAAAUUGCACAGGAUAGUGAAAUACAGUGUGAUCCUGAUUAGUUUAUUCCAGUGCUAACAUUUUUCAAGUGCCAAUGUGGUGAAAGCUCUGGUGGGACAUAUAUUUAAUUCAUGCUAGAUAAUCUUAACAUGCAAUGUUUAAAAGCAUAGCUGCUCUUUUUAAAUUGUCAUUUAAAUGCAUGCUUUGUCAUUGUUUGAGGAAGAUAAAUAACUUUUGGAAAAAUCUAAUGUCGUAUAUUCAUGUCCCAAAUUAUCUUGCUGGUUACAAAUAUAGUAUUUUCUGGCCAUAAUUUUGUACUGGUUUCGUUUGAUGCCUCCAAAUAGUAAUUUUCUUCUGCACUUUUUAUGAUGCUGUACUUGGAAUUAAUUUUUAUUCCAAUAAUUUUAGACUGCAUAUAAAUUCAUUUUUCUGAGUUGAAAAUUAUCCAUAUGACUUUCUUACAAAAAAAUUCAACAGUACCAAUGUAGUUGCACAAAACAAACUUACUUGUCCCUUGUCAUUGAUUGUAUGUUCAAUAAAAUAGAUACAUUACA